CUCUCGCUAGCAUUACCUGCAGCCUGUGGCUCACAGAAGCUUUUCUGCUUAUAAUUUAUGUUUGUGAUUUUUUGCAAGUCUCUUGAUGUCUGUCCCUCAGCGUCGCCGGUAUUCUCUGUCGCCGAAAAACACGGCUUCGUUCCAGGUUGGAUUUCUCUCGGUAGAGUAUCAUCCCAACAGCAUUCCUUGGUUCGUGUGCCAUAUUUGGUAGCCUCAGUCUUGCCGCUCUGUAUGCCGAGAGGAGAAGUAUGCUGUUCUUGGGAGGGUUUCUGAUAUCUGGACUCAACAUGUUGGUGAUGAUGCUGUUCUUCAAUAUCUUCCUGGGAUCUCACAUGGUCUUCCAGCUGGAUGUGUACGGUGGUGUCAUUCUGUUCUGUGGGUUCGUUCUCUUUGACACCCAACUGAUUGCGGAGCGAUUCAACAACGGAGACACCGACUACGUCCGUCACUCUCUCGACCUCUUCCUCGACUUCAUCAACAUCUUCCGUCGUCUGCUCGUAAUCCUGGCCUCCAAGUGUCAGCGUGUUCCACUGUCUCCUCCACUACUGCCUCUAUUCCCUCUCCCUCCCUGUCCUCUCCUCCUGUCUCCACUACCACUAUCAACACUCCUGUUCUCUCUACCUCUCCUGCUACGGUGUCCACAGCUCCUCAUCCUGUCUCCUCCAGUCCUGUCUUCGAGUGUUCCUCCACCUCCUCCACUACUGCCACAGCUGCUAUUCCUGUCUCCUCCACUGCUAGCACCACUCCUGCUGCUGAGUCAGCCACACCCUCUUUCUCCUGUUCAUCUUCUGCAGUUCCCCCCACCUCCGAGCCUCCCCUCUCUGUCUCCACAGCUCCUGCCUCCUCUACCACUGCCACCACUAUUACCAACACUCCUGGACAAGUAAUGCUGCCUGACCUGAUAAAACUAUCAACAUCCCAGGGAGAUAUCAGAAUAUUAAAAGAGAGUGCGGCAAAAUACACACAAAUUGGAGCCUUAUUGCUGAGGGACGAUACCGGGGCAAUAGUCAGUGCAAUGGAACAGAGCGACCGAGUUGCAACAGUUGAAAUUAUAUACAAGCAAUGGAUACAAGAAGAUGAAGAUCACUCAUGGGAGAAACUGAUCCAGUGUUUCCGAGAUGUUGAACUGAACUCUCUUGCCAGAGACCUUGAGCUACACUUUGGACUCCCUUCACCUUCUGACAGAGGUAAGGUAAACGUACAGGGAGACACUCUUCUAG